AUAACUCGUUUGACAUUUUGCAAUUUGCAUAUUGCACCAACUCAUACUACGUAGCUACUUAGCAAUCUGUUACAACUUACAAAUAACUUUACGAUACUUAUCCAAAAUGCUCGACUUAUUCAGCAUCUUCAGUAAAGGUGGUAUAGUGCUAUGGUGUUUCCAGAGUACCAGCGAUAUAUUCUCGCCAUCCGUAAACGCUCUAAUACGAAGUGUAAUUUUGCAAGAGAGAACAGGGAACAAUACAUUUAAUCAUAAUUCAUUAACAUUACAAUAUAAACUCGAUAAUGAGUUUGAAUUAGUGUUCGUGGUAGCGUAUCAGCGUAUACUGCAGUUGUCGUACGUGGAUAAGUUCUUGAACGAUGUUCACUUGGAGUUUAGAGACAAGUACAAAAAUGAGCUGCAGACUGGUCGUUAUAACUCUGACUAUGAGUUCAAAAUGUGCUUUGACAAGGUCCUCAAAGAGUGUGAGAAAUGGGCCAAGUCACAAGCUAAAAUUCCAAAACAAAUGAGAACCUUUGAGGAUUCUCAGAAAUCUAAGAAGACUGUUGCAUCUAUGAUAGAGAGGAAAGGAGAUGAGAAAAAUAAGAAAUCCGUAAAAAUAGUUGAAUCAAAGAAUCUUACUAAUGGCAAGGUGGAGGAGUAUUCAGAGCAGGAGGAUGAUGUGAUUGCGGCUAACAGAGCUAAGUUGGCGCAGAAACUUGCCUCCAAAAACAAGAAGGAGAUCAAAAAGUCUCCUAAGAGUCCUAAAGCGGUGGAUCGCGUGAAGAAGCCCCGCGUGUGGGAGCUGGGUGGCGGCUCCCGGGAUCUGCCCACCCUCGAGUAUACAACCGACAAGGAUGCUGUGCCUAAUGAUAUUAUACCUGAUACACAGAUUGUGGGUCAAAUGGCUGGUGCUAUCAAGGACCUGGAGGAGUCAGAUUACAGCAGCAGCGAGGAUGAAGAGGAAAAUGAGCAGCCAACCGCUAAGAAGUCUGGCGGGAUGUUCAGCUUGUUUAAAGGUCUAGUAGGUUCGAAGGCAUUGACUUCAGAAACAAUGCGUCCAGUACUGGACAAGCUGCGAGACCAUCUUAUUGGUAAAAACGUGGCUGCAGACAUCGCCAACAAGCUGUGUGACUCCGUCGCUACCAAACUGGAGGGCAAGGUUCUCGGUACAUUCGAGUCCGUGGCUAAGACAGUCCGCGCCACGUUGACGGAGUCCCUCGUGCAAAUCCUGUCGCCGAAACGACGUGUGGACAUCUUGCGUGACUGUAUGCAUGCUAAACAGGAGGGGCGGCCAUACGUUAUGACGUUUUGUGGGGUGAACGGUGUAGGUAAAUCGACUAACCUCGCGAAGAUCUGCUUCUGGUUGUUAGAGAACGAUCUGUCGGUGCUGAUAGCGGCGUGCGACACGUUCCGUGCGGGCGCGGUGGAGCAGCUGCGCACGCACGUGCGGCGGCUCGACGCACUGCACCCGCACGCCGCGCACGCGCGCCGUAUGGUACAUCUCUAUGAAAAAGGAUAUGGUAAAGACGCGGCCGGUAUAGCGAUGGAGGCGAUCCGUUACGCGGCGGAUUCUAAAAUAGACGUGGUUCUUGUGGACACGGCGGGCAGGAUGCAGGACAACGAGCCCCUGAUGCGGGCCCUCGCCAAGCUGAUCACCGUCAACCAACCUGACCUGGUACUCUUCGUCGGAGAAGCCCUCGUGGGCAACGAGGCUGUGGACCAGCUCGUCAAAUUCAACCAAGCCCUCGCAGACCACAGCGCUACAAACGACCCACACGUUAUAGACGGGAUAGUGCUCACUAAAUUCGAUACAAUUGAUGAUAAAGUAGGCGCGGCCAUAUCUAUGACUUAUAUAACGGGUCAGCCGAUAGUUUUUGUCGGCACAGGGCAGACUUACACUGAUUUAAAAGCACUAAAUCCGGGUGCGGUUGUACGCGCUUUGAUGAAGUAAGGGACCAAAGGGCGUAGCUACAACCUGAAUACAAUGUACAUACUGAAAUUACCAAGGGCCUGUCCCACCAAAUUAUAAAUUUUCUGAUAAAAAUCCACCGUUUAAAAUUAUGAAAAUAUCUGAUUUUGUUACCUUAUCUGACAGUGACGUCAUUUUUAAGCUCUAUCAGCCAGUGGUGGGAUAGGCCGUUAUUACAUUAAAGUUUUAUCUGACAGAUAAGCUACUUGUAAUUAAGAUUUUAUUCAGUAAUGUCUAAUUCUUCAAUUUAUUAAAGUUUCUUUUCUACUUUAGCUGUCAAGUUUUACACAUCUUACAUAACUAACCGAUAUCUCUUAACAGAUUUGAUGUUCUUGGCUGAUUAUAAUUAUUAAAGUACAAUAUAAUAAAAAAUAAAUAACAAAUGGCAACACUCGUCAAAAGUGGCUUUCAAAUUGACAGUUGUCAGUGAUGUGAAAUCUAUCGAUAAUUAACUUGGCAUGUUGAGAAAUUGUUAGUG